UGUAACCGUCAAUUCAUGUGGUACACACUAUCAAAAUCAUAGUACUCCUAUAUUUUUGUCGGAUGUAAAAAAGAUCAAUUGUUUUCAAUAACAACAUCCCUUACUUUUACAAUAAGUGUGUUGUGAAGGUGUACCAUGGCAAAUGUUCUUAAAGAGGUUCUUCUGCAAAUGCAAAAUCUGAAACUGUCAUCUCCGCUGCGUACUGAUCAAAGCAAAGACGACAACAAGGAAAACAUACUUGCAGGUCAAGAUGUUCAAAAAACCAAAACUGAUGACAAAAGUCCCGAUGUUCCACUGAUCGCAGAGCCGGAGGAAAAUACACCAAACCAAUCGCACUGUCAAGAAAUUAACGGCAUUGACGUCAACUGCAACGGAAUAUCGGAAGGGUCUUCGCCUGCAACACCCUUGAUCACAUCGCCAGUUUCAUCUGAUACAGUUUUAAAUUCAACAUCUGAAGAGAAUUUGAAUUCUGUGAAUCAUAACAGUGAAUGUUUAGUGAAUGAAAAUAAUGCAUUAAAUACAACUGUGACCAGUGAAGUGAAUAAUUUCGAAUUGGAUGGACCUGAACAAGAUUUUACCCUAUCAAAUUGCGAACAGAAAGCCUCCACACAAAGUUUAUAUGAUGACUGUGUUGAUAUAAUUGUGAAAACUGAAGAAAUUAAUAAUGAUCCAAACCCUGUGGAACAAGUAAGUGGAGAUUUAAAUUCUACUUAUGCUGUUGAAGAAUCCCUUCAAGAAAUAAAGAAGAGUCCUUCAGAAGAAAUAUCACAAAAUUGCACUCAAAUUGUUUCAAAUACUCUUGACACAACUACUAUAUUGAAUAAUACUGAGGUUAUAGAAGACAAUGAUUUAACGAUUAUAAAACAUGAAAGAACUUUUGUAGAUUCAUCAGAAACAUCGAAUUGUGGGGAAUUGUUGAAUAGUGAAAGCACUCAUGAAAAUUCUGAUGUUGUUUCAGAACAAAGUGAAAGAUUUGAUUAUACUUUAAUUGAAAGUCCUCCUGAUGCAGUGUUGUCAGUAGAAAAUAGAAAUGAAAUAUUAUUAAGUGAUUCUCAUGUACUUCCAGCUGAGCCAACAGAAGAUUCUCAGUUACCUGUAGUUAGUAUAGAAAAAACACAGGGUGAACCCCCACAUUGUGAAGAAAGGGAUGUUUCUUGUACUAAAAGUAUAGAGAACGUUUCAAGAAAUUCAUCAGAGUUAGAUGAGUCCCUUUUGAAUAUCACCCAAAUUAAUCGUUCAGUAGAAAAUCUAGAAAAAAGUACUGCAAAAUUAGUAUCUGAUAGUUCUAAUGGAUCUUUGAGUGCAUCUUUCAAUUCUACCCAUUUAUCUGAAUCCAUAACAAAUGAUUGUUGUGUGGAUGGUCAAAGUUUGAAAAACAAUACUGACACUAAUGAAGCUAAUCCCUUAUUAAUUAAUCAAAGUAAUUCAGACUGUAUUACUGAAGUAGUGAAUACGUCUUCUUCUGCUUUUAUUGAAAUAACUACUUCAAAAUCUGAUCUUAAUAGAACAUUUCCAGAGGCUUCCUCAAAAGAAUCUUUGCCAAACAUACCAGAACAACCUUAUGAAGCAACUAGUGCUACAACUCAAUUAUCCAACUCUUUCAUCAAUAAGGUUGCUGAAGUAGAAGUCAAUACCUCUAGUACUGUUAGUGAAGAUAUUAAACAUAGUUGUUCUGAAGAAAAAAAUGUUUCAACUACAUUAGCUAUAGAAAAAGUAGAUAAGCCAGAAGUUGAGAAUAUUGAAGUAACUUCAAACAUUCCAAAGACAAAGAUGGAGGAGAUCAAUGAAAAAUUGCAACAGGAGUUUUCCGAUACAAAAUUAGAAUUGAAUGCUGUACAACAGGCCAAAGCUGCUCUAGUGCUUGAAAUGAGUAAAAAAGAUGAAAUAAUAUUGAAGACUCAGGCGGAAGCAAUGAAAAAAGAGAAGCAAUAUAUGCAAGAAAUAAAAGUAUUGAAGGAACAAUUGAAAGAAAAAGCAAACACCAUCAAUGAAAAGGAUUUGAAAGAUUCCAAAGAUUCACUGAAAGAUUUAGAAGAGGCAUUGAAGGAAGCUAAAGCCAAAGAAGAAGAUUACUUGAAGGUUCUAGCGGAAUAUGAGACAACGAUAGCUACACGAUUUUCAGAUUACAAAAAGUUGAAGGAAGAAAGUGCAACUGUGAAUAGGCAUCUUUCUAAUUUGGAGUUAUCGUUUUCAGAUUUACAUCAGAAAUAUGAGAAGGCCAAGUCUGCAAUAUUCAGCUACAAAAAAAAUGAAGAGCAGUUGAGGAACGCUUUCUCAGUGUAUGAAGAAACGUUUAGUAAACAAGAAGCACGAUAUGAAUCAUUGAAAGCUCAUGCCCAAACACAGAUUGACAAGUGUAACAUAGAGAUCUCGCAACAAAAAGAAAAAUCUGAUUGUGAAAUAUCUAAACUGAAAGCCAUUGUCAAAAGAUUAGAAAUCAAAAUUGCAGGUUUAGAAACUUCAUUAGAGCAAAAAACAAAGGAAUGCAUAGAUUUAGCAGCACUGUGUGAUGAAGUUACUGGUAAAAAGUUUUAAUUUUGAAUUUUUAUACAUGUUAUCCGCUAUUAUUAACCAGAUAUGACGUCCAGUGUAUUUAUCUUGUACCUAUGUAUUGUGUAUCUUUUUAAAUUGUUUUAUUUUGUCAUAUAAGACAUAAAAUUUUAUUUGUUCCUUUAGGAUGUUUCAAUUCUUUAUAUCAUUCAAUAGGUGAAUAUUUCUCAUGUGUAGAUUACUUAUUGAUGAAAUGCUUUUUUCUUGUACAUAUUUUCACUAAAAUUAUAAUUUUUGUAUUGGUUGAAUUGAUAGGUAUAUAAUUGGAGACUCUGCCAAUUGACGAUCUUUCUUCAAUUCUUUAAAGGUCUUAUUAUACCGAAAGAUUGAAUUUUUAUAAACUUUGUGUCCAGGUGUUCGACACUUUGAAGAAUUGUUUUUGUUAGUUAGAUCAUCAAUAAGCAGAGUCAUAUGUAUGAUCCUUUCAUUUGAGGACUAAUUGAAAGAUAUAAACAUUUUGUUAUUGCAUUAAUAAAGAAAAAUAAGCGCUA